AAUUUAACAGAGUUAAGCAUUAGCAGUACUGACAUAGAUAGUGGAAUAGAAUAUCUUCCUAAAAGUAUUAAAAAAUUUUAUUGUUCAGCUGAUUUAAGAAAGGAAGCUGAGGUUGAAAAGAUUAAACAGGCACUAAAAGGCAAAUUACCUGCCGAAAUAGAAGAAGAUACGGAAGAACUUUUUGAAAGAUCCAAGGAAAUUCAAAAAGAUAUUCAUCAAUUUUUUGAAGGAUAUAGUGAUGAAGAAAUAAAGCAAUUAAAAGAUCCUAAACAAAUUGAAAAUUAUGAAAAAUGA